AUGAGGUUAAUGCAGUCAACGGAGAAGGGUUGCCUCCGCCUGGCCCUUGGGUUGACUGAUGUGUUGCCGCUUGCGAUCUCGCAGAUCUUGCUGGCGAAUCGUAGAUGGUUCACCAGAAUGUUUGCAGACGCCGUUGAGAACGCAAUAGCGCACGUGUCUGGCAACUCUGCGUUCGACGCGGCCUCUUCUUUUGCACAAAAAGGUGAAGGAAACAAUUUAGAUGAAGCACAAGAUGCGGGGGAACUUCUUGCUGCAGCGUUGGAAGGUGUGCAGGGAGUGCAUCUUUUGCCGUGCCACAUCAAGUACAGCGGCUUGGCCUCCGUUUCUGAGCACUUUCAGCCCAGACGCGUGAAGCCUGCAGCAGCAGCAGCUGCUGCUGCAGCAGAUGCUGCUGCUGCAGCAGAUGGGCAGCUCGAAGUGCUGCUGCACGGCCGCUGGCUCCGGGGCAAGGAAGAGCCGCUGGCCAACAGCCGCUGCUCAGCAGCAGAGGCCCCGCAGCUGCAGGGCUUCCUCGUGGCAGCCCAGAAGGCCAGCUGCAGCCAGCAGGAGGUCCGGAAGUCUUUGCUGCUGAGUGCUGCUGCUGCUGCUGCUGCUGCAACAGCUGAAGAGGAUUCUCUUAUUGAAGCAGAAGAGCCCCCCAUUAGGGUCACUUCGCUCCGCCCCUUAGCAGCAUUUGACAAAAUAACCUACUGGCAACAAGACCGCGAGCCCAGCAGCUCCGACGACGUCCCGAAGAGUCUUUUCUUUUUGCGAGCGACUGCAGCACUGCACGACUUCAAAGACGAACUGGGCGACUGA